GAAAGGGGAGGCCGGCACAAUGCUUAGUCACGGUGAGUUACCGCUUUACCCCCGCUGCUCCUCCUCCUCCUCCUCCUCCUCCACCACCAACACCACCUCCUCCACCUCCUCCUCCUCCUUCCUAUGUGGCGCACAGCUCGGCAGACUGCGAUGGAGGAAUUGAACUACAUGUCAGCUGAGCCAGCAGCUUCCUAGUAAACACAGCAGUGCAAACAAAUUCCAUAGCUGGGCAACCUCGAGGAAGAAGACGCCUCCGACCACCCCUCCCCGAAUUCCAGAGGGCUCCACGUUACACUUCAGACACGUUUGGCACUCGACCCCGUUUUCUUUCGACAGACCUUCCCCUGCCUCAUCUGCAGCUCUCAGCACAAGUGCAGCGCUCUGAAGGGAGCUUUAAUUAUUACCUCUGUAAAUCAGACUUGUCUUUGUUACUCUCUGAGAUCAUCGAUAUGCAAGUCUGACCUGCACCUGCGGGGAGUCUCACAGCGUUUAUUUGACUUUUCUUUGUCAGGACUGAUUGGCAGGUCUCUGUAAAUCCCUCUGCACGUCUGUUGACAACACAAACAGUUGAUCUACGAUUCCUUUGAGGUUUUUACUUUGUCAGGUGAAACAUUCUGUACCUGUUGACCUCAAGCCACAGGAACUCGAGGCGUUUGGAUUAUGUUGGAAGUGCAGCAUGUAAAAGUACAACCAGCCAUGACUGGCAGCUCACACAGAAGUCUAGUGAUGCCAUAAUGCGCAGUAUGGCCGGACUCAAGUACUGAACAGAGCAAAGAAACUCUCAUGUCCUCAUAAAUCGGAUUUAAACGCGAACUCUGCCACGCAAACAAACCCAGGAGGAGCUUUUCCACUUCUUUUAUUUUACCUAUGCCUGCGCCUGGAGCCGGGAUGCCCCAUAACGUCGCCUGCCAUUCUUGAGAAAGAGACUUAAGGAGGAGGAGAACGGGUAGGAAAUGACAGAGUGCCUGACAGAAUGCAAAGCGCUGGUGACUCCGUCCACGCGCAACGGCCACCGCGUCUUCAGCUACACGCUCGAGAGCCACACGGCAGCCGCCUUCGCCAUCAUGAACGAGCUGCGUCUGGAGCGUCAGCUGUGCGACGUCACGCUGCGCGUGCGCUACAAGGACUUGGAGGCGGUGGACUUUGUGGCUCACAAGGUGGUGCUGGCCUCCUCGUCCCCGGUCUUCAGGGCCAUGUUCACCAACGGCCUGAAGGAGUGCGGUAUGGAGUUGGUGCCCAUCGAGGGGAUCCAUCCCAAGGUCAUGGACCGACUGAUCGAGUUUGCCUACACAGCUAGCAUCUCCGUAGGAGAGAAGUGCGUGAUCCACGUGAUGAACGGCGCCGUCAUGUACCAGAUCGACAGCGUCGUCAAGGCCUGCUGCGAUUUCCUCGUCCAGCAGCUCGACCCCAGCAACGCCAUCGGCAUCGCCAACUUCGCCGAGCAGAUCGGUUGCACCGAGCUCCACCAGAAGGCCAGAGAGUACAUCUACAUGAACUUCAGCCAGGUGGCGACCCAGGAGGAGUUCUUCAACUUGUCCCACUGUCAGCUCGUCACCCUCAUCAGCCGCGACGAGCUCAACGUGCGCUGCGAGUCCGAAGUCUUCCAGGCGUGCGUGGCUUGGGUGCGCUACGACCGGGAGAACCGACGACCGUACGUCCAGGCUUUGCUCCAGGCCGUCCGCUGCCAUUCCCUCACCCCCAACUUCCUGCAGGCCCAGCUUCAGUCUCUGGACUGGGACCCUCAGUGUAAAGACUACCUGUCCCAGAUCUUCCAGGACCUCACCCUCCACAAACCCACCAAAGUCAUGUCUUGCCGAAUACCCAAGGUUCCGCAGCUCAUCUACACGGCGGGGGGUUAUUUCCGUCAGUCUCUCAGCUACCUGGAGGCGUACAAUCCCUGUUCAGGAGCCUGGCUCAGGCUCGCCGACCUGCAGGUACCCCGCAGCGGCCUCGCAGCCUGUGUGAUCAGCGGGCUUUUCUACGCCGUAGGUGGAAGAAACAACGCGCCCGAUGGCAACAUGGACUCGAACGCAUUGGACUGCUACAAUCCCAUGAACAACUGCUGGCUGCCGUGCGCGCCAAUGAGCGUACCCCGGAACCGGAUCGGAGUGGGCGUCAUCGACGGCAUGAUUUACGCGGUCGGCGGAUCUCACGGGUGUAUUCAUCACAACAGCGUUGAAAGGUAUGAUCCAGAAAGGGACCAGUGGCAUCUCGUAGCCCCCAUGUUGACGCGGCGUAUCGGCGUUGGCGUCGCCGUCAUCAACCGCCUGCUUUACGCCGUCGGAGGCUUCGACGGGGCGAACCGGCUCAGCUCCUGCGAGUGCUACAACCCCGAGAGGGACGAGUGGAAGACCAUGGCGGCCAUGAACACUGUGCGCUCCGGAGCCGGCGUGUGCUCGCUGGGGAAUCACAUUUUUGUGAUGGGCGGCUACGACGGCACCAACCAGCUGAACACGGUGGAGCGCUACGACGUGGAGACCGACGCGUGGAGCUUUGCUGCCUCCAUGAGGCACCGACGCAGCGCUCUGGGAGUCACUGCGUUACACGGACGCAUCUAUGUGAUGGGAGGUUACGAUGGCAACACUUUCCUGGACAGCGUGGAGUGCUAUGACCCAGAAAAGGACACCUGGGCGGAGGUGACUCACAUGACGUCAGGGCGGAGCGGGGUGGGCGUGGCUGUCACCAUGGAGCCGUGCCAGAAGGACCUGCCACAGUGUCAGACACCCGAGAGGGAGAACGGCGCCGCGUCGCCGGCCUAUCAGUCAUCAGCCAACUGCAACUUCAGCACUCACCACAAUCAGCGGCAAGGCGGGCACUUCGGCAAAGGCGCAUGAGACACACACACACACACACAGACACACGCAGACGACCACUCCGAAAACUCCAGUCUGUCUUCCCGAAUCAAAGUAAAAACCUUCACAGGUGAGCUCAGACGCCACCUGCUGCUUCCUGAAUUCAGAAAAACUAAAUUUCUUUUAAAAGUAGUGGUGAUCCAAGAUUCAAGAGCUGAAGUUUAAUUUGUUAGUUUGGGAUUAAAUCAGCGUUCUGAUCCGAUCUUCCAUGUUUGAGCCAUGGGAGGAAAAAAAAAAAAAGGGCUGCAUCAUGAAAAGGGGCCAAAGAGUCGUCAGGAGCUCUUUAUACUUCAAGAUCAGCCCGUGCAGAAGUUCGAAACAUUCACAUGAUCCCGUUUUAUAUAAAAAAAGACAAAAAGCAAAAGAAAAAAAGUAGCGUUUGUCAGCGUAGAGUUCAAAGUGCCAUUAACGCUGCCGGUCUGUGGGCAGUGCUGUCAUCAGUAUGUCGCCCGAGAGGCACGAGAUGAAGCUCGCACACGACAACGGACCUCGUGCAAGAACGUUCUCUGAUCCAGCCAAAAAAAGAAAUGCACAAACUUCUUCUAAUCUUCACCCAGACUGAUCUGUGAGGCAGAUUUAAAUAAUACUGCAGCUUCCAACGCCGAGUCGUUACAGAGCUUAGCCCCCAAACUCCACGGGCCGCUCUAGUCGACGUUUCAAACCCCACCGGUCCGGUUCAGAAGUGUCCCAGAACGUCAACUUCCCACAGAAACAGCAUAGAGAAUCCGGCGGGCUGAGCGCUUCUGAAACGUCCCGGUGGGGUUUGAAGUCGCGUGCAGGACGGACUAAAACAGACGUGACGGAGACGUGCCCGGUGGAGGAUUUCGGGGUCUGUGUAUCAAGGAGUAAGGAGGUGAUACUACAGCGCUGUUAGGUGUUACAACCAGAUGAAUUCAUGACUCGGUGACGACGGGCCUGGACCACCCCCGGACUUCAUCACUCAUAACGUCAGUUUAAGGUUCAGUCGUUCUUGCACGAGGCCCGACGUCUCAAAGUCAAAGAAGUGCUGGUACAAGAGAAGCAGGACAGAAAGUUAACAGAAGUUUUUCUUGUUUUUUAAAUCACUAAUAGCCACUGGUAGGUUCAUCAAAUGUGAAUUAUUCUGUCUGGAUAAAGGUUGUUGAGUCCGGUUGGUGAGUGCCAAGAGAGCGAGCAGGUUUGGACUGUGUGUUUAGAGGAAAGGGAAUACUGUAGCAUUUAAAAAAAAAUAAAAAACAUCUCACUGAAUGUGUUUUUAUUAAAAAACACUAAUAACUGACACGAUGGAGAACCUCCCCUUUUGUUUUUUUUCCUCCUGCCAGACCUCAGAAACAGAAGUGACCGUCGUGGCGUUCAGGUUCUGCACGCCGACGACAAACAGACUUGCUUAAAGACGUGUAUUUGUAACAGCAAUUUAAGCUACACAGGUUUUUCAGCGACGUUUUUGUACAUUGAUAUUCUACGAAGUCUUGUACAGAAUUUCAGAGCUCACGUUUUUUAUUUAUUUGUUCGGAUCUUUUUUGGUUUUCUCGUUCCUCUAAACUGACAUCAGCUUUGUAUUGAAUUGGACUCUGGUGUUGUUGUUUUGUUUUGUUUUUUUUGAAUAACUAAGCAUGCAUUGUAACUAAAGUAGGAAUGCCUGUCGAUGCUAAUUUUGGAUGUUUGUAAAAAACAAAAACAAACAAAAAAAAAAGGGACUUUUUCUUUUUCCUGUCCGUCUGUAGUUGGAAUGCAAAUUAGAUUAUUUAAGUCUGCUUUGUACAUUUUUUUUUUCCAGCAAAAAGAACCCCUGUACAAUAAUACAUUGUAAAGUAAAAUAUGUUUAUUGUA